AGGCGGAUCCCAAGCAAACCGGCCUGAGCUUGUUGCUAGUCGCGGAACGGCUCAUGAAUAUUAAUCAAACAGCCGUCCAACCCGCCGCGCCGGAAACGAGCAGCUCAUGAAUAAUCAAGCGAGCGGCUGAGCGGGAUUGAGGGCUGGCGGAGGAAACAGGCGGACUUUGUGAAUAUGGCGACUGCGAUGUACCUCGAACACUACCUGGACAGCAUAGAAAAUCUACCAUGUGAGCUUCAACGAAAUUUCCAACUCAUGAGUGAUCUGGAUCAGAGGACUGAGGAUAAAAAGAAAGAGAUUGAUGCCUUGGCUAGCGAAUACAUAAACAAAGUACGAGACUUUACCCCUGAACAGAGAGUGCAACAUUUACAGCGCAUUCAAAAUGCCUACAGCAAAUGCAAGGAGUACAGUGAUGAUAAAGUGCAGUUGGCCAUGCAGACAUAUGAGAUGGUGGAUAAACACAUCAGACGGCUAGAUGCAGACCUGGCACGGUUUGAAGCUGAUCUCAAAGAAAAAUUGGAAGGAGCAGAGUUUGACAGCCCAUCUGGACGUGGAAUAAAAAAGAAUCGAUCACAAAAAGACAAACGAGGUUCCAGAGGCCGUAGGGUAUCAGAAGAGGACACUGUAAAGAAGAAGAAAUUAAAAGGAGGUCCAGCAUUCUCAGAGGCAGUAUUGUCUGUUCAUCCUUCUGAUGUCCUUGAUAUGCCCGUAGACCCCAACGAACCCACCUACUGCUUGUGUCACCAGGUGUCCUAUGGAGAAAUGAUUGGCUGUGACAAUCCAGAUUGUCCCAUAGAGUGGUUUCAUUUUGCAUGUGUGGAUCUCACCACUAAACCCAAAGGAAAAUGGUUCUGUCCCCGCUGUACCCAGGAACGGAGGAAAUGAUUACAGCACUUGUAUCCGUUAUAAAAUGUGUCUACUUUUGUGUUCUAUGUUUCAUGUAUCACCCCUGCCAUUUGUCUUGCUACUGGUCUGCCUUCUUUCAAAAGCAGAAGGCAGCAAGUCAGGUUGUGCUCAGUGUACAACCAUUAUUUUGGGGGGAGUAUUGAUUGCACUUUGGGAUUGGUACUGUUGUUUGUACAAGUUUAAUUUUACAUACAUUGUUUCAGUUAUCCCAUUUUUUAUUCUCUCCCCCCCCCCCCCCCCCCCAAACAAUGUUUUUACAUUAACUUAUACUGGAUGGACUAAAUUAACUUGGUGUACAUUCGUUGUGUGAAAUAUUAGAUGAGUGCUGCUCAUGCAACUUGGUUGAUAUGAUUAGUUUAACAGUCCAUUUCUGGGAAGAGUUUAGUGCUCUAAUAUCAUUUCUAAGAUGUACCUCUCUACUGGAGUUGAAGCUCCUGUUUUAUUAGGAUUCCACAAGUUAGUAACACAAAGGGGACCCAACCUCCAGCAGACCCCUAUAGUGCGUUCAGUGUUGAUUUUCUGAUGAAACACAUCUAGCUUGGAGAUGUGCUUUAAAGUGAACCUCACCUGGCGUGCAUGGGAAUUCCGUCGGCUUCAGCAUGGCCAAAUUUGUGAAGUGAACUGUACAGGUCCGAGCAGGCGGGUAAGUAGCUUUAAUGCAGAAGAGUCAAAGCAUGUCUCAUCUGCAUUAAAAACCCUGCCUGUCCACCCAAUUUCGUUAUCUAGCAUAAAGUUCCACUUUAAGAACUAAGUUGUCAGAUUCCCCUCUUCCAGUGUAGAAAGGUGUUAAUAAUGUAAAUGUAUGGAAAAUGUAUGCAAUGUGCUGAAAUUUUAAGAUGGCAAAAAACGCCUGUCCCUUAAUCCACAUAUUCAUUGAAUGACAGUUGUACUGUACAUUUAAUUAUAUUUAAAAAAAUGUAAAUAUAAGCAGGUACUUCUAAUCGGAAGAUUCCAUUUUGUAUCCUCAGCCCACGUGUAUGAACCAGGUGCAGCCAUUACAUCAGUGUGUUUAAAUAAUUAAAAGUAGGGGGUACCUGGCAGUCUACUUGGGUUGAAGUUGAUCUUCUGGAAGGUACCUUUUUUAGAUUUACCUCUUUUGCUAAACCUUGCAUGUUGCAAGGUUCUCAUUUCAUUUCAAAGUGGAAUGAAAGCCUCAAGUGCUGUACACACGAUCGGAAUUUCCAAUGGAAAAAGUCCGACUGACUUUUUCCAUCGGAAAUUCCGACUGCGUGUAUG